UCAUUCAUAGUUGUAUCGUUGUUGUUGUUGGAUACAACACAACAACGCUUUUGUGUCUGUUAAUACUUGCUUGUCACACAGGUGCGCCGAAAAAUCGUGUUCAUCAGGCCGUAGAAACGGCAUUAACAGUUUUUGGAAGAAGUCGAAGACCCAAGACCCUGUAUAAACCGGUUCUGUGCUCGCUAAUGUGUUUUAACAACCGUGGACAUAAUAAGAUUUCGAAUUUUGUACUAUUAAUGACAGUGUGGAUUUUCUUUGUUGACAAUAAUUGUUGUUGUUGAAGACAGUUUAAAUAAUCUAGAAAGUUAUUUUUGUUAUAUUAUUAUAGUUUAUUUACCUAACUCGAAUAAAAUGAAGCUACUUCUGCCAGUAUUACUUUUAACAGUAUUCAGCCUUAAACCAUCAACUGCCGCUACGUUUGCUUUCCCCCAGAUAGUGAGUAAAAACGCCUACAUGCUCUACGGGCAAGCCUUAGAAGCCAUCUUCACCAUGGGCUUAAGGUUGCAAGCCAUCAUGGACACUUCCACAGAUGAGAACUUCGUUGUCUCUCCUCUUAGUACGACAGCCAUUAUUGCCCAGAUGUUGAUCGGUGCUGACGGGGAAUUCAGAGAACAACUUCACAAUCUACUAUCUUUACCAGUCAGUACGUCAUCAUUCAACGUGACGCACUACAGCAAAAACGGCAACGAAAGUCAGAUAUUACCGUACGCUACGUUCCAUUUGCAACUAGCCAUCUUGAUCAAAAACUUGCGACAAAGAAAGCCAGGCGAACAAUUCACUUUGAAUCUGGACAACGCUUUAUUCUACAACGAACACAUUGAUUUGAGAAACGUCUUUGCUGCUUCCCUUAAGAAGAUGUAUAAUACCGAAGUUGCGGCUUUGGAUUUCAGGACAGAUACGAGAAGCAUUAUCAACAACUGGGCUUCGGAUCACACUAACGGAUUGAUAAAAUCAUUUUUAUCCAACCGUUUACCUCCAAACACAGCCUCCCUGUUCCUCAACUCCAUUUACUUCCUAGCUGAAUGGGAAACUGCGUUUGCAGACUUUCUAAACAACGAAGACAACUUCCAAGUCAACCCGACGACUUCGGUUAACACGACAUUCAUGAUGGGCAACAUUUUGGACAUACCUUUCACCGAAACCAAGGAUUACCGACUAGUAUGUUUACCUUACAAGAAUAGAGAAGUCGGUAUGUAUAUCAUAUCGCCGAAUAUCAAUCACGAACAUAAAUACAACAUCAAGAAGUUCGCGGAGAGCAUCAACCCGCAAGAAAUAUUAAAAUCCUUAAAUAACAUGAAACCUCACGAUGUAACUGUUAAAAUCCCAAAACUAUCGCUCAGCAACAGUUUGAGCAUCUUGAAACCGUUGCAGAGGUACACCGUCUUUGAGAAAGUGAACAGGCCGAAGCAGCAGAACACCAACUCCAUCGAUGACAUUGUUAAUAAAGUGCAAGAUUUCAAGAACUUCACGGUACCGAUGCAUGAAGAUAUUUACUUGGAAAAUGCAUCGAAAGAUACACCUUUGAGAGUAUCGGAUAUCAUCCAGCAAAUGGUGUUUUCCAUAAACGAGAAAGGGACAGAAGCUGCUGCGGUUUCCGGGGGAAUCACGGAUUAUAUGGGCGGGGCGAAAACGUUGAUUUUGAACAGGCCUUUUUCGUUCUUCAUCAGGCAUGAAGAGACGCAGGCUGUUAUAUUUUGGGGAACGAUUUCGAACCCUACAAAAAAUUAAGUACCUAUGUUUUAUAUAUUAUAUAUGUUUAUGUUUUUUUUUUGAAACUUUUCUAUUGAAAAGCUGACUGAUACACACUUGUUACAAGGUGUUCUUAAUUUUAUUUAUUUAUAGGUAGGAAUUAAAAAUAAAUAUAUUUUUAAUAAUAAUCA